AUGACGAAAUAUAUCGCAAUCUAUACAGUUAUUAUAGUAUUCUGCAGUAUACUGUCUAGUAUGUGCGCCAUAUACACUGAAUGUAAUAAUUCUAAUACUGCAAAGAAUAAUGAAUUUAUGGAAGUUGUGAAUGGAUCGGGCGAUACUAUGCUGCCUGUUGAGAAUUACAGCAGUGACGACCCGAUGAUUAACCCAUGUAGAAUAUCUUCCACAGAAGAUUCGGAUAUUUCGGAUGGCACUGAGCAAUCUGGCAGUCCGUUUCUUUUGGAAGACAUGGACCAAUCAGACUACAUAACUAAUGUGCCGUACUAUUCAGAGGAUUUAGAAGUUUUAGUUAAUGAAGUGCAAGCAGAGGAUGUAAUUUCUAAGUUCUAUAUAAAUGAGCAUAAAAAAACAUUCUAUGCAAAUAGUCAAGGAGAUAAAAUAUAUAUAUACUUCACUGGUAGUGAGAUUUGUAUAAACAAUACAUUAUAUAAUGUGUAUAGUAAUUAUUAUGGAAGUCUGGUAUAUAUAGAUAGUAAAAUUGCUCCAAUUUCAUUUAUUACUCAAGGUAAAAAGAACACGUCUACAGAAAUUCUUAAAAAAUGUGCAUUCGAGAGAGCUGCAAGAAAGAACCAAUUAAGAUGCAAGAGAAGAGCGUGCUGUGCCCCGAGGACUUCUUGCAAAUAUCCAACUGCAUCUAAGCAUGCAAAGAAUGCGAAAAAAAUCAAUAAUAGCAUCGCUCUAAGAACAUACAAUAGAAGUUCAAAGCAUAAAGAGGCCUACAAGGGUCUUGAAACAUACAAGGAGAUAGCACAAAGUAAGUUAGAAAGAGAUAAACCCCAUUACUUUUCAUAUAGAUUUACUAAGAGUGAGACAAAUAGUGAAAAUACGAAAUGUGAGUGUACUAUUCAGAAGAACUACAAAAGUGAACUGCAAUUCUGGCACUUUUUAGCUACCUCCCGCCAUAACUCCUUGGUAGAAAAGAUAGAGUGCAUCAAAAACUUAAUGAAUAAGAUGAAAGUGAAAAGGAAAGAGAAAGAGAGAAACAAAAAGAAAGUCUUUUAUUAUCAUUUCUUCUUAGAGGAUUUGAACAAAUAUAUAGAGACUCAUAUAGAUAUAUCUCACAUUAGUGCACCAUAUGACUACACAGACAGCUGUAAGAACAACAUGUGCUCUAUAUAUGAAACAAAGCCAGAGACACUCGGAGAAAUAUAUGAGGAAACCCAAACAGAUCUAAAAUGGUGGGUCAAUAGCAUGUCUGUUAUCACCGAAAAAACUGAGAAGAUGAAGAAAGAAUGCUCAAUAGAUGAUGCAGCACUAAAAGAAAAGCUGCACUUUAUUCUAAAGCUGCCAGAAAUACUCAGAGACUUGAUUUUGAUAACUCCCGAGAUACUAUCAAAGACAAAGCAAGAAAUGGAAAAGGCUUUUGAUUCAGAGGCUAGAGAGGUUUUCUGCGCCAUAGAGUACCUAUACUACUUAGUGAAUAAUGAUUCAGAUAAAAUGGAUGCGGCAUACAAAAAAGUCAAAGCACUAUUUGUGAAAGCCAAGCCUAUAGAUGACUACACUACUAUGGAUGUGUACAGAUGGACCUAUUAUAUAUUCUGCAUAUUCUACCAAUGUGCACCAUUUACCUGUGUGAAUGAUGCUACGGAUAUAACAAAAUAUAUUGAAAACAAAGAAGCCCAUAUUAGAAGCAUUUUUGAGUCUUACUGCCCAUGCAUACCAAAAAACGGUGUUUUCAGACUGCAUGGGAAAAGAGCAAUUACACAGCUAAAAAUCAACGAAUAUGAGAAGCAGGCAAAGAUAUACAAACAUAUACCCAAACCCAGUAGAAGUAAGAUAGAUGCACAGCCUUCAAAGGUAAUAAACACGAAAGAAUCCAUGGUAGAAUAUUUAAAAAUAGGCCACAGCGACCAUUACCACAUACAGUUUGUUAAUAACUCCUGCCAUACAGUAAAGACCAUCCCUAUCCCGUGUUUUUAUAUUUCUGAAGAUAGUACCGAUGGUGAAUCUUCUUACAUACAAAAGAAAAUUCAUUCAAUUGGGGAUAUAGUAGACUACCUAAAAUCUAUACUAAAAUCCACUUAUCCAGAAAGAAAUUCAGACUUUAACGUCUAUGCAUUUUCUUAUAGUAGAAGUUCCAGAGCAUGGGCAAUAAUAAACCAUCUUGCCGAAAUCUCACAUAAAAUGAAACUAAAAAUAGACUGCACUCUAGGCGAGAUGAGUGCAGAGGAUAUUGAUGUGCCAUUCUACUACUUUGAAGAGAAUAUAUACACAACUAGAUUUGCAGCAGCAAAUUUUAUAAGCCAAAACACUCUAGGCACCAAUGGCGCUAUAAAGAUCCCUAUAUUUCUUACAAACUUUAUGGUGAAAAGUACUAUAGUGGCACCGUAUAUGUGGGAUAAGUCAACAUAUGUUUUUUCAACUAGAAAAUGUUAUUCUAGUGACUAUCUUAUUCGUUGCAAUAAUAUCUUUCAAAACAACUUCAAUAAAGAUGCAGACAGUCUGAAGCCACAAAAUGCACCAAGUGAAAAUAAGUCCUUGUCAAAAGAAAACUAUAUUAGUUAUUAUUAUAGCGAUUUUUUUGUUAGAAAUAUAUACAGCUUGGAAUCCUGCACUGAAGAAUGCUUUAAUAUGUGUGCUUCAAACAAAUUAUCUCAAAGUGGCUGCGUAAAAUCUAUAAGCUGGUUUGCGCAGAUAAAGAGAAGCAUACGCGAGUAUACGAAUUACUGUUUUAGUAUUUUUGAAGGCCCACGUAUCCAGAAAAAGUAUGUAAACCAAUGCGAUAGAGAGACUGCAUCAAAGUUCCUGAAUAUGUUGCAGCGUGAUAGCUCAUUGGGUGACAAAGUCACUUACGGUCUGUGCAUAUAUCAUAGAUCUUUCGAUGGCGUGGAAGUUGCAGUUCCAAUUAUGUGUGAGAAAAUGCGAAGGCUUUUGAGUAAAAACAUCAAUGAUAAGCUUAAGUCUAUGUAUGCAAAUUGGGAAAAUAAUAUUCUCCCUCCACGCAUUGAUAUUAAAGAUAUAAAAAAGAAUACUCCUGUCUUUAUCACAGUAAAAACCUUUAACUACAAGCAGGAAAACCUUGGAAUGCAUUAUGAAAUUAUGGCUGCUCUCUUCCAUAACAAUAAUAAUUCUAUUUUAAAGUCAGAGACUAAUCCUAGCACUUCUCUUUAG